AUGGCUCCUUCAGCAGUAGCAGUCCCCACAGACACGGUCUCCCAUCUGCCGUUGAAACUCUCACCAAACGGUGAGAACACAAAGGGAGACUAUGCCAGCAUUUCGACGCUUGAGCUCAAAGAUGUCACUAAGACCGAUUUCGUCCUCAGAACCUUCAGAUGUCUCAUUGCCGACCUUUGCGAGCAAUUCAAGGGCGGCCACCCUGGGAGUGCCAUGGGAAUGGCAGCCAUUGGCGUCGCAUUGUGGAAAUAUGUAAUGCGCUACUCACCCGAGAACCCAAACUUCUUCAACCGGGACAGAUUCGUUCUCUCAAACGGUCACUGUUGUUUGUGGCAGUAUACCUUCCUGCAUCUUGUCGGCUUCAAGAACAUGACUCUUGACCAGCUCAAGUCCUACCACUCAGAUCGGACCGACUCCAUCUGCCCAGGACACCCCGAGAUCGAACACGAAGGCAUCGAGGUGACGACAGGACCGCUUGGCCAGGGCAUCGCGAACGCUGUGGGGAUGGCUAUAGCCACCAAGCAGCUGGCAGCCACAUACAACAAGCCCGGCUUCCCCGUCGUAGACAACACGACAUGGUGUAUGAUCGGCGACGCAUGCCUGCAGGAGGGCGUCGGGCUGGAGGCCAUCUCGCUAGCCGGCCACUUUAGGCUGAACAACCUCGUCGUGAUCUACGACAACAACCAGAUCACCUGUGACGGCUCGGUUGACCUGACCAACACAGAGGACGUCAAUGCCAAGAUGGUGGCAUGUGGCUGGAAGGUGAUCGACGUCUUGGACGGCAACCACGACGUCGAGGGCAUUGUCUCCGCCCUGGUCGAGGCACGCGCAAGCACAGACAAGCCCGUCUUCAUCAACAUCCGCACAGUCAUCGGAAUCGGGAGUAAAGUAGCCGGCGACGCAAAGGCGCACGGUGCCGCUUUCGGCGCUGAAGAUGUUGCCAACAUCAAGAAGAGCUCGGGUUUCGACCCGGAGAAACAUUUUCAGAUCUCACAAGAGGUGUACGACUAUUUCGGGGAGAUCAGAACCAGGGGUCAGAACUUUGAGAAAGAGUGGAACGAUCUCGUCUCAUCAUACGGAGGUUCAUAUCCAGACUUGGCCAAGGAGUUCGGGUUCCGUGUUCGCGGAGAGUUCCCAGAGGAUUGGACGAAGCUCAUUCCCAAGAAAGAAGAUUUCCCAACGACACCGACAGCGUCAAGAAAGUCGGCAGGACUUGUUUGCAACCCAUUGGCUGCGAAGUUGAACAACUUCAUGGUGGGAACAGCAGACUUGAGCCCUUCAGUCAACAUGAUCUGGAAGGGCAAGACAGACUUCCAACAUCCUGACCUCCGGCCUACAUGCGGCAUCACCGGCGACUACUCGGGCCGUUACAUCCACUGGGGCGUCCGCGAGCACGCCAUGGCAGCCAUCUCCAACGGCCUAGCCGCUUACAACAAGGGCACCAUCCUCCCGGUGACAUCGUCCUUCUUCAUCUUCUACAUCUACGCGGCGCCAGGGAUCCGCAUGGGCGCGCUGCAGCGCCUGCAGGAGAUCCACAUCGCGACGCACGACAGCAUCGGCACGGGCGAGGACGGGCCGACGCACCAGCCCGUCGAGCUGGCGGCGCUGUACCGCGCGAUGCCGAACCUGCUGUACAUCCGGCCGUGCGACAGCGAGGAGGUGGCGGGCGCCUUCGUGGCGGCGCUGUCGGCGCGCGACACGCCCUCCAUCAUCUCGCUCUCGCGCCAGAACCUCGAGCAGUACCCGCAGCACUCGUCGCGCGACGGCGUCCAGCGCGGCGCCUACGCGUUCAUCGAGGACGACGCCGCCGACGUCACGCUGAUCGGCGUCGGCGCCGAGAUGGUCUUCGCCGUCCGCGCGCGCGACGUGCUCCGCGAGAAGCACGGCCUGCGCGCCCGCGUCGUCAGCUUCCCGUGCCAGCGCCUGUUCGACGCCCAGCCGCGCGAGUACCGGGCCGAGGUGCUGCGGUACCGCGGCGCCGCCGCCCCGCCGCGCGUCGUCGUCGAGGCGUACGCCGCCAACGGCUGGGAGCGCUACGCCGACGCUGGCUACUCGAUGAGCUCCUUCGGCCACUCGCUGCCCGGCGCCGCCGCCUACAAGUACUUUGGCUACGACCCGGAGCUGAUCGCGUCGCGGGUCGCCGGUUUUGUCGGGGAGUGGAAGAAGGGAGGUCCGGACGAGUUCCGUGGCGAGUUUAGGGAUUUGAACGUCGGCGCAGCGGACCACUAG